AUGUUGGUUCUUGCAAUUGGAGAUUUUCAUGUUCCUGAAAGAGCAGUUGGUUUACCAGAAAAAUUCAAACGUCUUUUACAACCUAGAGGUAAGAUACAACAGGUUCUUUGCACAGGCAAUGUAUCAAAUUCGCCUUCAUCGAUGGAAUUCUUGAAGUCGAUCUCGCCAGAUUUUCAGAUGGUGAAAGGAGACCAUGACAGAAAUCUUUGGCUCCCCCUUUCACUAAUGUUUAAAUAUGGAAAACUCCGGGUUGGUCUCAUUAGCGGGUUUGAAGUUGUUCCUAAAUCGGACCCGUUAAGUCUUCUUGCACAGGCCAGAAUGAUGGAUGUUGACAUCCUGAUAUAUGGAUCGACUCACAAAGUUGAGGCUUACACAUUAGAUGGGAAGUUUUUCAUUAAUCCAGGAAGUGCCACUGGUGCUUUUAACAGUGAUAGUAUGGAUGCGGACGAUGUUGAAAUAAUUGAGGGGAUAGUUAAGCAAAAGAAUGAAGCCAAGAAGACCGAGCAAGUGAAAAAAGAUGUGGAGGAAACAGAUGAUAAACCAGAAUCUACAAAUACCAAUGAUGUUGAAGUUAAGCCGGAAGAUGGCGAAACAACUGAGAAAUCAGAUAAACAAGAAGUUGACAAGGAUAAUGAUGAAAAAGAUGAUGAUGGUGCAGGAGAAACACCAUUGGAUGUUGAAAAGCAUCAGGAAGGAAGCAAAGAAGACGAAAAUAAUAAAAAUACAGAGGAAAAGAAGCAGGAAAAUGAACAGGAAAAUCCAAGUGAUACAGAAGAAGCAGACACAAAACUCGAUACUACGGAAAUAGAGCCAUAUAUGGAUCCAAUACCAAGCUUCUGUCUUCUAGACCUGCAAGGAGUCACGUGCACGCUUUAUUUGUAUACUUUGAUUGAUGGUGAUGUGAAGGUGGACAAAUUGGUUUACAAGAAAGAGGAAUCAGCUUGA